AUGCCAUCAUCUCAUCUUCUUGUUGCCUCUGCAACAAUCUUGUUGUUUCUUGUCUCCUUCUUAGGUCAAACGUGUAGCUCGUCUGCUGCGUACGAUUUGCUAAUCGACGCGCCUUUGCUGACGGAGAAAAUCAAGACGAACAGAACCAUUAGGGUUGACAUCAAUGGCGAUGGGGACUUUAGGUCUAUCCAAGAGGCUAUCAACGCUGUUCCUGAUGGAAAUUCUGAAUGGGUCAUCAUUCACAUUCGAAAAGGGAUUUACAGGGAAAAGGUGCAUAUACCAAAGAGCAAACAAUAUAUAUUCAUGAGAGGGAAUGGAAAAGGAAGAACAAGCAUUGUUUGGUCGGAAAGCUCCCAUGACAAUGUUGCCUCUGCAACUUUCAGACUUGAAGCCUCUCAUUUCAUUGCAUUUGGUAUUAGCUUCAAGAACGAAGCACCAACCGGCGUUGCUUUCACGUCACAAAACCAGUCAGUAGCGGCAUUCGUCGGUGCGGACAAGGCUGCAUUUUACCAUUGUGCAUUUUAUAGCAACCACAACACUCUGUUCGACAACAAAGGCAGACAUUACUACGAAAGCUGCUAUAUUCAGGGCUCCAUUGAUUUCAUCUUUGGCCGUGCCACAUCCAUUUUUCACAGCUGUGAGAUAUUUGUUAUAUCAGACAAGAGGGUGAAGCCAUAUGGGUCAAUAACAGCUCAGAACAGGGAGAAAGAAGAUGAGAAGAGUGGGUUUGUGUUUGUGAAAGGGAAGGUUUAUGGGAUUGACUUGGUUUAUUUGGGAAGAGCCAAAGGAGCCUUUUCAAGAGUCAUCUUUGCCAAAACUUACUUGUCCAAGACAAUUGUCCCCCAUGGCUGGACCAACUGGAGCUUUGAUGGCACCACCGAGAAGCUGUUUCAUGCGGAGUACAAGUGUCACGGGCCGGGAGCUGAAUCGGCUGGAAGAGCUCCAUGGUCAAAGCAACUCACGAAGGAAGAGGUUGCUCCUUUCUUGUCUAUUAGUUUCAUUAAUGGCAACCAAUGGCUCCCUGUUUGGCAAGCUGAGGAACUCACCAUCUAA